AUGAACCAGCGCCAAGCAAAUCAGCCUUCUCUUGGUGAUUAUUGCCUUUUGAACGCUGCUGUCGGCCACCUAUACGAGCCUCAGGCCGAAGAUAUCCUAUGCGACGAGAAUCUCCUUGACUUGUUCCGCAUCAUUAAACAAGUGCUUCGUAAGAAGCGUGAUCCCGAGCGAUUGGCUCGUUUGUUCUUUUGUAUGUCGUAUGCACUGGGUGAUCAUGUCAAAUUCCACAAGCCUGUGCAUGAAAACAAGAUUAUCUUUGAUGACCGGGGCUUCGGUGGUGCACAUGCUGUGCGAUUACCCAGCACCAGUAGCUGCUGUAUCCGUAACUCUGGGAGUAACAAGGACAGGGGGAACUGGCCGGAUACGGCAUCCUUGUCUUCCUCUUCGGCGUCGUCGACAUCCUCAUCAGCAUCGCCGAUUACCAAACUCUUAUCUGUUCCUUAUAUCACACAUCAACGACAACAGGCUGAAGAAGCCGCAGCGGCUGCAGCGGUGGCGGCAGCAGCAGAAGCAGCAGUGGCCGGUGACCAUGGCAAAGAAUUCAUCAUGGAACCAAGACAACGUGGCUUCUAUUAUCAGGACAAUCGCAUUACUCGGGAGCCUGUGUUACUGCAGCGAUAUGCCGAACAUGGUAUCUUGACACAUGCUUCCUUAAUGCGCAAACGCAAGCGGCAAACGAGCGAUCAGCCUUCCGAUAUGAUGACCCCUUCACCCGUCGUGACAAAGAAACCAAAGAUACCCCAUCGUCAUGGCGAAUUUGAGCAGAGACGCGAUGACAUUAUCGGACGUAUGCGCAGUAUCACCAUUACCGACCUUGAACAAAAAGCAGAGCGAUUACCAGAAGACUACUCGCUUGCGAUCGAAACGAUAGCACCACUGACGCCAGAAGCAAUUGCCUCGCCGGAACGAGCAGCCGAGCUUCUGGAGCCGUCUUUACGCAUUUUGACAAACCACUCCAACAUGAAACCACAUCUCGACAACGGCAUGAACCAGAACGGUAUCUACUACAACACCGACUAUUUCCGACUGUAUCUGGCAUUCGAACAAUUCCAAACCACAUUUGCAGUCCUGUUCCCGAGCGAGGUUGUCAAGAUGCCUCAAUGGGGCAGCGAGUUGUUUAACAACAACAGCGACUUUUUGGCAUCGUAUGCGUCGGAUCGGGACCGUGACCGUGACCGAAAUGCCAACAUGAAAGCGUAUCGCAGUUGGAUUGAGCCAUUGCUGACCGAGACCAAUUGGGCGGCUUUCCGACGCAACAUUGUUGUUGGCGAACGCAUGAUGCAGUUGACCAAAGUGGUGGGCCAGGGCGUGCUAUUAAUGACCAAGGAAUUGAGUGGAUCCAAGCUGCAUCUGACGUUUACGAAUAACGAGUGGGACGAGUUUAUCACUGGGUUGAGCUCGGGACGAUGGGAUCAGACGAUUCAUUGGGAUGUCACGCCUGCGGCGCCAAACGGUAGAAAUAGCACUGGGAUCGCGUCGCUUUUGGUCAAUGAGUUACGGCAAAAAUUCUCAACGACGUAUUGGUUUCAUCCAGACGGGAUGAUCAUGGCGACCGAAAAUCGCAGGAUAGCUAUUGCGGCUGAUAACAAUGGCAACAGCAGUGGCAGCAGUGAUGGCAUUAAUGAUGGUGACAACAAUGGUGCUACUAGUGGCAAUAGCUGA